AAGGUGGAGCGGAGUCGUAAAUCUGUAAAGAGCGAAGGUUGCCGAUUUGUAUCAGGAUAAAAGUAAAAAUAUAUAAAAAGAGGAUGUUCUCCUAGCUCUUCAUAUUAAUAUAAUUUGAAAGCAUUCAUGCCUUGAGACCCUGGUGACUAUCGUUUAUUCAAAAACUUCAUCUCAAAUUGUCUUCUCAGAACAGAAAUCCAAUUAGAAUAAAUUGGCUGCUAUGGACUCCAAGCAAUUCCGAGAAGCGGCCAUCUCGUCUAUCGACGACAUUGUCAAGUAUUAUGACACAAUUGAGGAACGACGUGUAGUGUCAAAUGUUGAGCCGGGAUAUUUGAGAAAACUCUUGCCCGAGGAGGCACCUCAGAAUGGGGAGGCCUGGGCUGAUAUCCAGAAAGACUUAGAGGCCAAGAUAGUUCCUGGUCUAACGCAUUGGCAAUCGCCAAAUUUCCUAGCCUGGUUCCCCUCCUCUAGCAGUUUCCCAGCCAUGCUCGGAGAAAUGUACUCCACGGCCUUUACCGGCGCCGCAUUUAAUUGGAUCUGCAGCCCGGCCGUGACGGAGCUCGAGACCAUCGUGCUCGACUGGCUAGCCAAAGCCUUCGGGCUUCCCCCGUGCUACCUCUCCACGGGCCCCACCAACGGCGGCGGCGUCAUCCACGGCACCGCCUCCGAGGCCAUCGCCACCGUCCUCGUCGCCGCCAGGGACAAGUACCUGCGCGAGGCCACCUCCCACAUCGCCGACGAGGAGGAGCGCGAGGACGCGAUCGCCAUCCGCCGCAGCAAGCUCGUCGCCCUGGGCAGCGCGGCAACCCACAGCGCCACCAAGAAAGCUGCCCAGAUCGCCGGCGUGCGCUUCCGCGCCGUCCCCGUGCACGCCGAGGACGGGUACCGCAUGAUGGGCUCCGAGCUGGGCCGCGUCGUCCGCGAGCUGCGCGCCAAGGGCCUCGAGCCCUUCUACCUGACCGCCACGCUCGGCACGACGGACACCUGCGCCGUGGACGACAUGGACGGCAUCGCCUCCGUCCUGGCCGAGCUGGCUCCGCCCGGAAAAGGGGAGAUCUGGGUGCACGUGGACGCGGCGUACGCCGGGGCCGCGCUGAUCUGUCCCGAGUACCAGCACCUGGCUCGGCAGUUCGACAAGUUCCAUAGUUAUAACACGAACCUGCAUAAGUGGCUCCUCGUCAACUUCGACUGCAGCACCGUGUGGGUGCGCGACAGGAGGCACCUGACGGACGCGCUGAGCGUGUCGCUCGCCAUCCUCAAGAACCAGCACACGGACUCGGGGCUCGUGACCGACUACCGCGACUGGCAGAUCCCGUUUGGCCGCAGGUUCCGCUCCCUCAAGGUCUGGUUCGUCGUGCGCAGCUACGGGAUCGAAGGGCUGCGCAAGCACGUCCGGAAGCAUAUCGGUCUGGCGGAGACGUUUGCCGCGCUGGUCAAGUCCAGGCCGGAUCUGUUUGAGAUCGUCACGGGCCCGCGGUUCGCGCUGACGGUUUUCAAGGUUAAAGGAAAAGGGGAGGGGGAAAGCAAGCUAGAGGAGGUGAAUGGGUUGACGAAGGCGUUGUAUGAUCGUGUGGUGGAGGAAGGGCGCAUUUUCUUGUCGAGUACUGUUGUCGGCGGGGUGUUUGCUAUUAGGCAUAAUCCCGCCACGCCGUUAGUAGAGGAGCAUCACGUUCAGAAGCAUUUCCAGAUACUGGCUGAAGCAGCUGAGAAGGUUUUAUUAUAGAUAAUGAUGUAUGUUGGAUGGGUCGCGCCAUAGUUGAAGUCUAGAUGGGGAUCAUUCAUUCAUUACUCAUAAUAUGCUUAAAUAUAAAUG